AUCCAACACAAAUAUUGUCGCAAGUGCUCCCAAGCAGUCCCAAUUAGCGCAACAGGAUGGUUUGCACUAUUUGCAAAGACAUGCUAGAGAAGCACAUCAAUUAUCGAUGGAAAGGAACAUACGACCUAGCAUUUGAUCACCACCGCACUCACCAGAGUCUCAAGGACUCAGCAAAAGAGAAUUGUUGCAUCUGUCGGGUUCUUCUUUCGAUGUUCAAAAGCCGGGACGAUGCGGAUCAUGAAUCGCAUACUUCCAUAGCGGGAAAGAAGAAGGAAGCAUUUUUCACACAGGCUUCGCUGACAUAUAAUCGUCAAUGGGAGGCUUAUCGACUUGAUUUCAGAUUGAAUCAACAAUACAAUCUGGAGCGUGUAGGAAGUUUUUUGCUGAAGCAACUUCCUGCGCAAGACCUCGCCCGCCCUAUACCAAACAAUACAUCCUCUUAUGGAAACGUGCAACUGGCACGGAAAUGGCUGAACGAAUGCAUAAACACUCAUCGAAUGUGCAGGCACGUGAGUCCUGCCACGACCUGGUAUCCAACACGCCUCGUUGAUAUGGGCCAUAUUUCCCUGGGUCGUGUUAAGGUAGUGGAGCCCAGACAACACGAUCAACAGAUUACGGGAAAAUAUGUUACCCUCAGCCAUUGUUGGGGAGACAUAGACUUCUAUCACUUGACAAAAGAUACACUUGCACGAUUCGAAGAUGGAAUCGCACUCGACGAACUUCCAAAAACCUUCCAGCACGCAAUGGAUUUCGCUUGCAGGCUCGGUGUCAGAUAUAUCUGGAUAGAUUCAUUAUGCAUCCUCCAAGAUUCGCAAAAGGACUGGUUAUACCAAUCAGCGCAAAUGGACCAGGUUUACAACAAUUCGCUUUGCAACAUCUCAGCUACUGCAGCUAGCAAUAGCUCCAAAGGUCUUUAUGUGGACAGAGACAGCAAACAGCAUUGGAUCGACGAAGUGGCUUUGAAUACGGACGGUAUUCCAGGACGACCACCUGAUCGCGAGCCGAGCAAGAAAGUGUCUCUUCAGAAUAUUGUGCAGCAGUUGCAGAACGCCAAUCUGACGAAUGGUCAUCAUGUCAAACAAGCAAGACAAGUUAACGGAAAUGCGAAGAAAGCUGCAGACGCUGCCAAAGCAAAACCGAAGUACACAAUCCUGAACCUUGGAUUUUGGGAAGCAACAGUGGAUCAGGCUCCUGUGAACAGAAGAGGUUGGGUUCUGCAAGAGAGAUUGAUAGCUCCACGAGUUCUUCAUUUCUGCCACGAUCAAAUCGCUUGGGAGUGUUGGGAAAAGGACGCCGUCGAAAGCCUUGCAGACGGGAUGCCACUACUUCAACUCAAAGCAGGAUCGAUCGUAUCUGGGAGUAGACUGAAAGGAAUGGUUCCAAGCGUGGAUGGAAAAGCGUUGCGCCAUGCAAGACUCGUCCGUGGUAGACUCACGAGUGGUAAAUAUACAGACAUCGACGCACAUAUGGGGCUCUCUGUUCCUUCCAUCUACUGCUUCGAAGUCUGGAAGCGAGUUGUGGAAACUUAUUCCAAGACACGUUUGACCAAGGCUACUGACAAGCUCAUUGCUUUGGCUGGGAUCGCAAAGAUCAUGUCGAGGCGCAUACUUAACGGGAGAGACGAAGAUUAUGUAGCAGGAAUGUGGCGGGACAACCUCGAAAGCCAGCUCUUGUGGCGGGUGGACCCAGCAGUCCGGAAAGAUGGAACGUAUGACUUCCACUCGGAACGUCCAGGCAUGGAUGAAUAUCGUGCUCCGAGUUUCUCCUGGGCAGCCAUCGACUCUGAACGAGGCAUCAACUAUGCUGAUGUUACCGACUUCGGUAGAGAGGCGGAAACGGAUCUCUGCAUCAAGAUCGAGACCGUCAUCUUGAAAUACAAGACUGACGAUCGUUUCGGAAUGUUGACUACUGGCGGCUUUCUCGAACUCAAAGGCGUCCUCAAGAGAAUCAACAUCAUAGAUUCCACAAUGACGACUUCGCCACGAAGGGGAUACACGAGAUACCACUGGCAGCUCGUGAAAAAUGGUCGGGUGGUGGACGAGCCAUAUAAGAUGAUAUAUCUUGAUGCGCCUUCUAGCGAUCGAAGGCAUAUCAUCGGUCCCAAUCGUGGAAUAUACUGUUUGCCAGUAUGCUUCGAAAGAGCAGCUGAACCAAAAGAGCUGAUAUGUCUUUUGCUGCAGGCUGUGGGAGGCAUGCCUAAUACCUUCAAGAGAGUUGGAUUGACGAAGAUUUCGAGAUAUCAUAAGGAGGAUCAGGAGGAGAUUAUGAAGUUGUCUGGAGAUGAGAAUUCGAUGGACUGUAUUUGGGAUGCUCAAGCUGGGAGGCAUACCAUUCGUAUCAUCUGAGUAGAGCGGCUGCAUUCAAGCCGUUUGCAAAAUUUCCAUGCCGCACACUGAUGCGUUUUGAGGUUGGAAUGGAGAAGAUAGCAGCACUACAUACUUGCCAUGUACUGUAUAUCGAGAGGUAUGAUGACGAUAAAGGACGUGAGUAACAUGUAUAUAUAGCUAGGAGGAGGAGCUUCCAAGGCAAGGGAUCUGUAUGUGACCAGACUAACAACAAAUGGUUAGCGUGUCAUAAAAUGCGGCGCUUCAGCGCG